AUGUCCACCGCGCGGCCGCACCUGCAGCUCUACGAGACUUUGGUGGACUGCGGCAGACUCCACAACGCGCUCGAGCUUCUGCGGGCGCUCAAAACCGCGGGCUUAAACACCGUGGGCGGCAGGGUGAGCAACAAGGCGUUCCUCAGGCAGUGCGCCAGGCGGAGCGCGGUUGCCGUGGCUUUUGAUUUCGUGUCGUUCGUGGACUACCCCGACGUGCGACUCUACAACAUGCUGCUGUCGGUGUGCGCCUCCGCCGCGGACUCCAGGAGCGCGUUCGCCGCUUUCGUCAUGAUGUACGACAACGGGGUCCAACCGGACGUGAUGGCGUACACGACGCUCAUCAGCGCGUGCGCCAAGGCUGGGGAGCUGGAGAAGGCGUUUGAGACGUUUCGGCGGAUGGAGAUGGACGGGCUGGAGGGUAACGUCGUGACGUACGGCGCGCUCAUGGACGCGCUGUCCCGGCGCGUUGCCGCGACGCUCCGGCGAUGCUUCGACCUUCGCGAGGAGAUGGACGACGCGGGGGUCGCGCCCGACGGUACCAUGAUAAACACCAUCCUCAGCGCCUGCGGCAGGGCGGCGGAGGUCCGCGCGCUGAGCGCCGACGCCCUCCAAAAGGCGUUCGACCUCUACGACGAGAUGGAGUCGUCGGAUGAAGCCGACUUGGCGCCCGACGCGUACACUUACUCGGCGCUGAUCAAGGCGUGCGUCAACGCGGGUCAAUCGAUGAGGGGGCUCUCGCUGUACGACCGCGCGAUGGACCCGAGCGCGGGCAUCGAGCCCUCGAUCAUGGUGUUCCAGGAGGCGAUGAUUGCUUGCUCGCACCUCGCCGAUCUCGGCAAGGCUUGGGCGAUUUGGGAGGAUAUGCGGGUCGAGCGAGUGGCGCCGGAUGCGAUGCUCUACGCGACCCUCAUCGCGGUCGCCGGCAGGGCCGGGAAGCGCGAGGAGGCGGAGCGCGUCGUCUUCGAGAUGGAGCGCGCGGGGGUCGCGCCCACCCCCGAGGUGUUCGCGUCGCUCGCCGGCAUCGCCGCGAGAGCCGGGGACGGAGCCGGCGUCGAGAGCGCCAUCGCGGAGGUGGCCAGCCGCGGCUUGGCGGUUCCGCUGGAGAUGUACAACGCCCUCGUGACGGCCGCGGCGAGGCGCGGGGACGUGGACGCCGCGCAGGAGGCUAUGUUCGAGGCGGAGGCGGAGAUGCGCGCGGCGGGCUUGGAGCCCGACGAGCAGACGUGGUGCGAGCUGCUGAGCUCGUGCGCUCGGCACGGCGACGCGUCGCUAACCUGGGACACGUACAAGCGCAGCCGCAAGGCUGGCCAGCCCCCGUCCGAGGUUGCGCUCAACAUCCUCAUCGGCGUCACCUUGCUCAAGAUCCGCGCCCUCACCGACCCGGACGACCGCAGGAACAUCAAGCGAAUGAGCCAGUGGGACCAGGACGACGACUCCGCCGGACGGAAAAAGGAGGAGCCCGAGUGGACCGAGUGGGCCGAUCGAGCCAUCGCCGCGUACCACGAAGCCACCGUCGCGGGGGUCAGGCCCAGGCUCGCCACCUUCUCCGCUAUGCUCGCGUGCCUCCGCCCGCCCACGCUGCCGUCCCUGCGCGCCGUGGACAGGGAGACGAGGCCGGGGUCCAAGGCUGAGUCGCUCGCCAGAGCCGUCUCACACGAGGACUCGUCGCACGAGGAUGCGCGAAAGUAUUAUCCCCUUCGCGCGCUCAUCAUGUACGAGGAGGCGCAGGCGAUCGGCGUCGUCCCAAAGUUCGCCACUGAGACGGACAGCGUGUACGACAUCAGGAAGUUUCCACCCGCGGCGGCGGAGGUUGCCGUGCUCACCAUGCUUCGCGUCUUUAGGCGGCGCUCAGACGCGCACGCGGGUGCGGGCGACGACGAGCUGCCCAACGUGACGCUGAGGGUGCUGUCGGAUGAGGAACACGAGGAGAUGAUCGCGUCCGGGGACGACGAGGGCAGGCGUUUGGCGCAGACGGGCGACCGCGUCAUCGUCCUGCUCCGCCGUCUGCGGUUCAACUACGGCGGAUCUCUGAGCGCCGGGCGAAUCGAGCUCUCCGGGCACGUCAUCAAGCGUUGGCUGCAGGCGAAGCCGCCCAAGGAUGAGCGCGCCCCCGGCGUGGAGGCGGGUUUGCGCCAGAACCUCCAGGACCAGGCCAGGAACAUCCGCAUGCAGUCCUUCGACGAUUCCGACGGGUCCGGGUACGGCGGCGGCGCCACCGACUGGGGCGCCAUCUUCGGGCGGCGGGGCGGCGGGGCGGGCGGGCGACUCGGGGUCGGGCGACGUCCGCUACUCCCGAGACGGCGACUGGUGAAGGGAGAAAAGAGGACAGAGGACAGAGAAGAAAGGGGCGUCGCACGCGAGAUCACCUCCGUCCCCUUAGCGCGAGCCUCUCAUUUGUUGUGA